CUGACCCGGAUUCAUAACAACAGAUGAAAACGGCUAACGAGCUAACUGUGAUUCAGGCUGCUAGCUACUUUUUACGUUUAUUUUUUUUAACGGUUACGGUCCGUUUACCACAGCGGGGCGUUUUAACGGCGGCAGAAGUUCGGUAACGAUAGCUUGACAGCUGUCGUAGCCGAAGCACCGGGAAACGAAAUGAAGACGGUUACUCUGCGUUCAGGCUGAAGUUUGUUACCGUUAGCAGCCGUUAGCAGCGUCACUUUGAACGUCAACUGCUCGCUAGCGGCUAGCCUGCUGAAACGCACGUACACACAAUCAUCAUCAAUAACAACAACAACAGCGGUCCUGUCAACAGCAGCUGCCCCCCGCAGACGUUUGUGUCGAGGUUGCCGCGAUGGGGAACCAGCUGGCGGGCAUCGCCCCCUCCCAGAUCCUGUCCGUGGACAGCUACUUCUCAGACAUCCACGACCACGAGUACGACAAGAGCCUGGGCAGCACGCGCUUCUUCAAGGUGGCCCGGGCCAAACACCGCGAGGGCCUGGUGGUGGUCAAAGUCUUCGCCAUCCAGGACCCGUCGCUGCCGCUGACCAGCUACAAACAGGAGCUGGAGGAGCUGAAGAUCCGCCUGCACUCGUGCCAGAACUGCCUGCCGUUCCAGAAAGCCUCGCUGACGGAGAAGGCGGCCAUCCUGUUCCGCCAGUACGUCCGCGACAACCUGUACGACCGCAUCAGCACGCGGCCCUUCCUCAACAACGUGGAGAAGCGCUGGCUGGCCUUCCAGAUCCUCAACGCCGUGGACCAGGCGCACCGGGCCGGCGUCCGCCACGGCGACAUCAAGACGGAGAACGUGAUGGUGACCAGCUGGAACUGGGUGCUGCUCACCGACUUCGCCAGCUUCAAGCCCACGUACCUGCCGGAGGACAACCCCGCCGACUUCAACUACUUCUUCGACACGUCGCGGCGGCGGACGUGCUACAUCGCUCCGGAGAGGUUCGUGGACGGCAGCAUGUUCACCACGGAGAGCGACCAGAACACGCCGCUGGUGGACCUGACCAACAACAACCAGCGGGGCAGAGGGGAGCUCAAACAGGCCAUGGACAUCUUCUCCGCAGGCUGUGUGAUAGCGGAGCUCUUCACCGAGGGCGUCCCUCUCUUCGAUCUGUCCCAGCUGCUGGCGUAUCGUAAAGGCCACUUCCAGACGGAGCACGUCCUCAUGAAGAUCGAGGACCGCAGCGUCCGAGAGCUGGUAGCUCAGAUGGUGCAGCGGGAGCCGGAGAAGCGUCUGACAGCAGAGGAGUAUCUCAAGCAGCAGCGGGGGAAAGCCUUCCCCGACAUCUUCUACACCUUCCUGCAGCCGUACAUGGCUCAGUUCGCCAAAGAGACCUUCCAGUCGGCAGACGAGCGCAUGCUCGUCAUCCGCAAAGACCUGGACAACAUCCUGCACAACCUGCGAGGAGGCUCUUCUUCGUCUUGGUCUCAGGAAAGCAGCGAUGGCGUGCUGAGCUCCCGGGAGGAGCAGGGCCUCAUGGUGCUGGUGUCCGUCAUCACUUCCUGCCUGCAGACGCUGCACUCGUGCGACUCCAAGCUGGCGGCGCUGGAGCUCACGCUGCACCUGGCGCCGCGGCUCGCCGUCGACAUCCUGCUGGACCGCAUCACGCCCUACCUCCUGCACUUCUGCAACGACCACGUGCCCCGCGUGCGCGCCCAGGCCGUGCGCACCCUCGCCAAGGUGCUGGCGCUGGUGAAGGAGGUGCCGAGGAACGACGUCAACAUCUACCCCGAGUACAUCCUUCCGGGCAUCGCCCACCUCGCCCAGGACGACGCCACCAUCGUCCGGCUGGCGUACGCAGAGAACAUUGCCCAUCUGGCAGAGAGCGCGCUGCGUUUCCUGGAGUUGGUUCAGGAAAACAACGUGAACACCGAGCACGACCUGAGCGGCGAGGACACGGAGGAAAUACUCCCCAACGAAAACUACGACUCAGAGCUGCAGGCGCUGCAUGAGAUGGUGCAGCAGAAGGUGGUGACGCUGCUGAGCGACUCGGAGAACAUCGUCAAACAGUCGCUGAUGGAAAACGGCAUCACGCGGCUCUGCGUCUUCUUCGGCCGGCAAAAAGCCAACGAUGUGCUGCUGUCCCACAUGAUCACCUUCCUCAACGACAAGAACGACUGGCACCUGCGCGGCGCCUUCUUUGACAGCAUCGUGGGGGUGGCGGCGUACGUUGGCUGGCAGAGCUCCUCCAUCCUGAAGCCUCUCCUCCAGCAGGGUCUGAGCGACACCGAGGAGUUCGUCAUCUACAAAGCGCUCAACUCCCUCACCUGCAUGUGUCAGCUGGGUCUGCUGCAGAAGCCUCACAUCUACGAGUUAGUCAUUGACAUCGCUCCGUUCCUGUGUCACCCCAACCUGUGGAUCCGUUACGGGGCGGUGGGCUUCAUCACCGUGAUCGCACAGCACCUCAACGUGGCCGACGUCUACUGCAAACUGAUGCCCCACCUCAACCCGUUCAUCAUGCAGCCCAUCAUCCAGAUCGAUAAGGAGCUGGUCCUGCUGAGUGUCCUGAAGGAGCCGGUCAGUCGCUCCAUCUUCGACUACGCGCUGCGUUCCAAAGACAUCGCCAGCCUCUUCCGCCACCUGCUGCUUCGGCAGAAGAAGCGCCAAGGAUCUAUCCCAGAAUGCCCCACUCCCGAGGACCCGGCCAUCGCACAGCUCCUCAAGAAGCUGCUCUCGCAGGGGAUGACCGAGGCCGAGGAGGACAAGCUGCUGGCGCUGAAAGACUUCAUGCUGAAAUCCAACAAGGCCAAAGCCAACAUGGGCGAGCCGAGUCACCUGGGAGAGGCAGCCCAGACCGGCGUCAUCGACCUGGCCGCGCUCGGCAUCACUGGCCGCCAGGUGGACCUGGUUAAACCCAAGGCCGAGCCCGAGGACAAGAGAGCAGCGAGGAAGCACACGAAGCAGGACUCGACGAUGAACGAGGAGUGGAAGAGCAUGUUUGGGUCUCAGGAGCCGCCCUCCGCCCAGCCCGCCACGGCUGCUGACGGGCCGGGGAGUCAGAUCAGGAAGAGCACCGCGGUCCCGGCGGUGCCCGUGCUGCAGUCGGUGGCGAGCGGCCCGGCCUACCAGCGCCGCAUCAACACCUGCAAGGCGGAGCUGCAGCAGCUGGUGCAGCAGAAGAGGGAGCAGUGCAGCGCCGAGCGCAUGGCCAAACAGAUGAUGGAGAGUGCAGAGUGGGAGAGUCGGCCUCCGCCCCCUGGGUGGCACCCUAAAGGACUGCUGGUCGCUCACCUCCACGAACACAAAGCUGCCGUGAACCGCAUCCGAGUCUCGGACGAACACUCCAUCUUCGCCACAGCGUCCAACGACGGCACCGUUAAAGUCUGGGACAGUCAGAAGAUGGAGGGAAAGACCACGACCACCAGGUCUGUGUUGACUUACUCUCGUAUCGGCGGCAACGUGAAGACGCUGACCUUCUGUCAGGGCUCUCAUUACUUGGCAGUGGCGUCGGAUAACGGGUCCAUCCAGCUGCUGGCAAUCGAAGCAAACAAACCGCCAAAAUCCCCCAAAGUCCAGCCCUUCCAGACCAGGUCUCUGGACCUGAAGGAGGACGGCUGUGCGGUCGACAUCCACCAUUUUAACUCGGGCGCCCAGUCGGUGCUGGCGUACGCCACCGUCAACGGCUCGCUGGUCGGCUGGGACCUUCGCUCCAACUCCAACGCCUGGACGCUCCGCCACGACCUCCGCCUCGGACUCAUCACCUCCUUCACCGUCGACAUGCACCAGUGCUGGCUCUGCCUAGGUACGAGCAGCGGCACCAUGGCCUGCUGGGAUAUGCGGUUCCAGCUCCCCAUCUCAAACCACUCCCACCCUGCCCGAGCACGAAUCAGACGGCUGCUGAUGCAUCCGCUCUACCAAUCAUCUGUCAUCGCAGCUGUCCAAGGGAAUAAUGAAGUCUCAAUGUGGGACAUGGAGACCGGAGAUCGUAAAUUCACCUUGUGGGCGAGCUCUGCACCACCACUCUCUGAGAUGCAGCCAUCUCCUCACAGUGUUCAUGGGAUCUACUGCAGUCCUGCUGACGGGAACCCUCUGCUGCUGACCGCUGGAUCGGACAUGCGGAUCAGGUUCUGGGACUUGGCGUAUCCUGAGCGGUCGUACAUCGUAGCGGGAGGAGCCAACGACUCGCUGCACUGCCCGUCCGUCCUCUACAGCAGGAAGAUCAUCGAAGGAACCGAAGUCGUACAGGAGAUCCACAGCAAACAGAAGAGCGGCGUGGUGGAGGACUCGCCUCGCCGCGGCCCCGAGUCCCUCCCCGUUGGACACCACGACAUCAUCACUGACAUCGCCACCUUUCAGACGACACAGGGCUUCAUCGUCACCUCGUCCAGAGACGGCAUCGUCAAAGUCUGGAAGUGAGGACGCGCCGAGGACACGCCAACAGUACACACACACACAAGCACACACACACACACACACACACACACACACACACACACACACACACAGGAUACAUGUGUUCCUUGUGUGGUUUCUAAUCUGUGAUGGUUCGAGACACAAAGUCAUAUCCCCCAUUGCCCGUUAAUUAAGCAUUUCUAUUUUUCACUGUAGUUGAUAAACACCUCCUCCUCCCAUUGGCUGUUUUUGAUGAUGCGUUACACAUGUGGCUUCCUGUUCCUCAACCAGUCAGAUCUACACAGCCCAGCAGCUGUCACAGAGGAACACUUUCUGCCUCGCAUUAUUAAUGUGUGCACUUAAUAUGCUAAUUUUUGACGUAGGUCCGGGUUUUGGUGCGUUCCAUUUGUACUCGGGUACUCGAGUUCCAAUUCAGAAAUUACAAAUGGGAAUUUCAAGUGGGAGGCCCCCUGCAGUCGAAACCUCAGAGUUCCCUCGUGCAUCAACUGUAGGGAAAGCUGUACCACAGUUUAUUAGCACCUCUGUCCUAUUUGUGUCUCAUUAAAUCCCUCAUACACAGAGUCCAACUUCUUUCUCUCGACAUUUUUGCUACGGGAUUUUUAUGCACAAAAUACAGCGUAGUCCGUUGUUAUCAACUGGUACUGCUAACAUCGGCUAACCUGGCUAGAGCUUCCAUUCCCACUUGUUGUACUGGCUGCGCUCAACUCAUUCCCAGCUCGGGCUUCCGACUUACCAAAGUCGCACAAUAACACUAACUAACGGACUGAGGCAGCAGUAGAGCAGCAAACUCCCGUGUCCUGCCAGGUAAAAUCUCUGUUUUUGUCAAAGGAGUCUGGUGGCUUUGAAGAGAGCAGAGAUAACGGCUUCAGUUCCCCGUCGUAAAGGAGUGUCUGACAGCAAGAUGAAGCGCUGAAAAUAUUUUAAAUAUAGCGCACACUUAAACUGAAAUAAUGCGUUUAGCUGCUGCUCCCGUC